UUUUUUUUUUCUUUCUCUUCCUGCAAAUGAGAAAGUUUUGGAUCAGAACAUUCUCUGACUCUCCGUAUAUAUUUUUCUUUCACCAAGAAGCCGCCUUCUUUUUAUCAUUGGCGCCAACAGAAAAAAAUAAUACUAAUAAAAAUAAAAUAAAUAAAAUAAACCCAUAGUAGCAAGUUUCUCAUAAGCAUCCAUAUCUUAAACCCAUCAUACCUUGCACCAUUCUGGACAACCGCCAGACAGGUAAGAAACGGGCUUCCGUCGUGUAGAUUAUAGUGACCGGAAAGUUAGAUUAGGGAAGGAGAGGAUAGAUGGGAAAUGUAAACGGUAGAGAAGAGGGAGUAAAAGGGCCAGAUGAAGACGGAUCCAACGGUCAAUCAACGCCCAUCCAAACCGCCUAUUCGUAUCGUGCAGCUGCGGUUGCUUCUUCGGUUCCUAUGGCUAAUGCUAGCAACGAUAAUAACAAUAAUAAUUACAUUAAUACGACACCGUCUCGCAGCCCUGCUCGUUCCGCUUCCCCUCUUUUGUUCGCUUCUCAGAUUCCUAUAGCUUCCUUUCAGAGGUCUGAUGGCCUGCCUUUUUUAAAUCAAAUGUGGCGAAAUGAAUCUCCUGGAGUUGUUGAUCAUCCUCCUGAGCAAGGAAUCCCAACCAUUAUCUCCUGGAACUAUGGUGGUAAUGAAGUAUUCCUUGAAGGAUCUUGGGAUAACUGGAUGUCAAGGAAGCGAAUGCAAAGAUCUGGUAACGAUCAUUCUAUUCUGCUGGUCCUUCGAUCAGGUAUAUACCAUUAUAAGUUUAUUGUAGAUGGGGAAUGGAGAUAUAAUCCAGAUCUUCCUUGUGUGUCUGAUGGGAUGGGCCGUUUUUAUAAUCUUCUUGAUGUUAAUAAUUAUGUGCCAGAAAACCUGGACAGUGUGGCUGAAUUUGAGGCUCCACCAUCUCCAGGCUCCACUUAUGGUCAGUCAUUUCCAAGUGAGGAAGAUUUUGCAAGAGAGCCAUUAGUUGUUCCACAACAGCUGCGUCUUACUGUCCUUGGUAUGGAGAAUUCAAAUGAAGCUUCUUUAAAACCUCAACACGUUGUGCUUAACCACCUUUUUUUAGAUAAAGGACGGGCAUCUCAGUCUCUAGUUGCUUUGGGACUUACCCAUAGGUUCCAAUCCAAAUUUGUCACUGUUGUCCUUUAUAAGCCUCUCAAAAGGUAGCGCCUACUCUGUCAAGCUUGGCGGUAAAGAAUAGAUGAUCACUUUUCUAAAUAUGGGCUUUGUGAAUGUAUCUCUGUUUAUAGAAUGCUGGGACUUUAUAAUAUACUCGUUUGAUUUGUUGUAUCUUUAAGCUUUUAUGUUCUAGCUUUUCGUACGCUUUUAAUGUUCUUCAAGAUCUAGGGCAGCGGAAGAUCAAUUUCAGUGUCCUGCAAGUACUAGUAGAUCUGGUUUAGAAAAUGGGUAUUGAUGUGGCUAGGCUUUUUGUUGUAUUCUCGAAACUGAUAUGUUCGUUCUUUAGACUAAUUGAUGGAAAAUUGUAAA